ACAAGAAACCGAGGCUUAAAGAGGCAAAGGCUCAAUGGCCCCCAAGCAGCAUGAGGUAGGGCUGGGGUGGAGCCCAGACCCCGUAGGCCCUAAGAUUCCUCAUUCUGUGCAACACAGGUGCUUCCAGAACCUGGCCGCUCACCAGUCACAGGGAGGGCGCAUAGACAGUUCAGAGGGCCAUUCUUGUGCUUUUAAUGCUUGUUUCCUGGGCCAAGGAUGGGGUCACAGUUGGGAGCCAGGUGUCUGAGCCCCUUCCCCUCAGACCCCAGCCCCUGCCUCUCGCUCUGGGUGCUCGGCUUUGCUGGCCUCAGGGGACGCAGCAGCUCCCACCCAGGGCCUCUACACUUCCCUUCCAGAACGCUCAGCCCAGCCCUGCCUGCCGCCUGCCUGGGCCCCACCUUCUUUCCGGUCCCUUGCUUGUCGCCUCCUCACAGACACCUUCCUGGUCCCAAGCUUCUUCUCAACCCCUUACUCUCGGUCCCAGCUCCCUUGCCAGCCUGUGUCCCAGCCACCAGGGAUGAUUGAAACUGCUGGUGCCAGAGACUGAGCUCUCUGAGCCGGGUAAGUGCUGGGCAUCAGAGCCGCCCAAGGCUGCCUGGGACCAGAGCGCCACUCGCUGCACACCCUCCUCCCGGAAGUCUCACCGGCACUUCAUCACCGUCCAUGUCUGCGUGGAGAGAGAGCAAGGCUGGCCACAGGUGGGAUGGCUGACACUGAGGGGAGCCGCCGGUGAUUCUGGGGCGCUCAGCAGCAGCUCGGUCUCCUGAAGAUGAAGUGGCCAAGGUGAACACCAGGCCCAUGGCCAGCUCAGGGACAGAGGUGCACUGGUCCGGGCCAGGCCUGGGGAAAGGAUCCAGGCGGCGAUGCUGGGCCUGGGCCGAGGAGGAGAAAGAUGCAACUGGAAGCAGCACACGUGGCUGGGGCAAUGAGCAGCCCUUCCCAGGUGCUGCCAGCCCAGAGCUCCUGGAGGACUUCCGCCUGGCCCAGCAGCACAGGCCACCCCUGCAGUGGGCCCCAGACCUGCAGGAGCUAAGAGGAUCUUCGGGAGAAGGUGGAAUCCUUCGAGGGACUGAUGCAGGCGGGGCAGCUCCCCCCGCAAGACCAACUCAAGGGCUUCCUGCGGCUGAGGGCUGCCCACGCGGCACUGGAGGAGGGGUACCUGAUGGCCUGCAGGGAGCCACCCUCUGCCCCCCAGCCUGCUGACUCCCAGGACUCCCAGCAGACGACACCCCGGAAAUUCGAUCCUGGCAGGGAGCUGGAGGCAGAGAUUUAUCACCUGGGAAUCCGCCUGGAGGAACUGCAGGACCAUGUCGACCAGACGCAGAAGGAGCCCGAGCCAUCGGGGGCAGACGCAGCCCUGGACAGCACCCCGGUCACACCCUUCCACCACCCGCCAGCACCCCUGGCUGCUCCUGCGGAACAAACAUCCGUGUCCACGCCAGCCGUCCAGACCCCGCACCUGGAGGCCCAGCCUGCCGCCAGCCCCGGCUUCCUGCACAUGGACAGAGAAGGAAGCCCUGGCAGCAGCGUGACAGAGCUCAGCCGGAGAGACCUCCCUGCCCCUCUCAGGCAUAAGGAACUGCGAAUGGAGCAGGACUUCCACAGCCUCCUUGAGCGGUAUCUCAGCGUGAAGUCCCUCCCGGAAGCCCUGCAGGUGGAAGAGGAGAAGGAAAAGCGGGGCAAGGAGGAGGAAGGCGAGGAGGAGGAGGAAGAAGGGGAGGAGGAGGAGGAGGAUCACCACAUGCUAGGAGACAACGGGCCAGCUUCAGCUUCAAGCAAAGCAGAAGCCACCAGGGUUCCCUCAUGGCGGCACCCAGCACAGGCUGAGGGAAGUCCCAGGGCCCCUCCCCAGGGGAAUGUGGAGCAGACGGUCUCCAGGAAGCCGCCAGGUUUCCAGACCUCCCAGGCAAGACACAGGCGCCUGCCAGGCUUGGGUAAAACUGAGGCAGCUCCCCGCAACCCAGCAGGCACCAAGGCUGAAGCAUCUCACCAGAGCAGCCUGAGCAGCCUGGAGGGGAGUGGCCUCUCCGAGCACCUCGCACAGAAGACUCUGCAUCAGGAGCCCUGGAUGGCCUCCCCCGAGACAGACAGUGGUUUCGUGGGCUCAGAAACCAGCCGAGUGUCGCCCCUCACCCAGACCCCCGAGCACCGGCUCUCCCACCUCAGCACUCCGGGAAGAUUAGCCCAGCGUGUCGCCACAUCUGUGCCCCACAACGGAAACUCCCACUCAAAGAGCAGGGGUGCUCCGGUCCCCAGGAGAGAGGCUGGGCCCAGCACCCCCAGGCACCGAGCCCCACGGCUCCUCUCCGGCACAAGCGGUCACCCCCAGCACGGGACAGCUGCCUCCCACCUGGAACGGGGGGUGGCAACCGGGGUCCCUGGCUCGGAGUUCCAGAGCCGCAAGAGGAUUCCUGAACAGCUCCUGCCCAGCAGGACAACCAACCCCGAGCCCACGCAGGUCCCUGGGGCUGCCCCACCACCCCCCGGAUCAGCAGAGACCAGCCCCGACCUCCUCCUCACCAGAACAGAGCGAGACCAGGCGAUCCUCGAGCUGCAAGCAGAGGUGUCGCGGCUCCGUCUGCGGCUGGAAGACAGCCUGCAACAGCCUCCCCAGCACAACCCAGCACAGCGGGCAUCUGCCUUUGACCGUCCUACCUGGACCCAGGACCAACCUACCAACUCUUCAGCCACCUGGGGCUCUCAUGGGAGCAGUAAAUCUACAGAGAGGUUGUCCAGAGAGCCCGAAGGUACACAGCGAGCUUGGUCUGCAAGCAGACAACGUACCCGGUCCUCCUCUGUGCCUCGGGAGGUACCCCGACUGUCCCUGAGUUCGGAAUCUGAACCCUCCUCCCCCCAACUGCCAUCUGGGAAGAUCAGGACCUCCGAGGACAGUCCCCACACGGCUCUGGACAGCACGAGAGGAACAAGCAGUACCAGACGGCCAGACAGGGUCUCUUUCCAGGGCCAGUACACAGGCCAGAAGUACCAUGUCCCGUCCUCUAAGGCCAUCCUGAGAGGCAGCAGCUCAGCCUCCUGUGCCCACUGCCAGCCCGUUAGGACCCAGGACACAGGAGCUGCUGCCCAAGACCCACUGCGCCGGUCUGCCACUGACACCCUCCGAUGUCCCCUGUGCGGCCAAGGAGGGUCCCUUCCAGAGGGAGACGGUCCAAGCUCAGCCACCUCUGGCGCAGACAAGGCAGCCGCUCGGAGAGACGCACCUCCAGCUUCCAGCCCCAGGCAGAGGAGCAAGCAGGCAGGCUCCCCGGCACGGCCACCCCCUGGACUGUGGUACCUGGCAGCUGCACCCCCAGCACCAGCUCCUCCAGCCUUUACCUACAUCUCCUCCGUGCCCAUCAUGCCUUACCUUCCAGCCACAGUGUACUACGCACCCGCAGCACCUACCUCAGCCCCCAAGGCCUCCUUGCGGCCAUCCCGAGGACACCGACGCUCCCUCCAGCUGGACCUAGAUAACCUGGAGGAGCUGCACAGGGCCCUGAGCCGGGCCGCACAGGCCGCCGAGAGCGUGCGCUCCACCAGCCAGCAGAUGUGCCGGUCGCUGUCAGCCGACCUGCGCCAGGCCCAUGGCCUGCAGGGCUCCUGCCUCUUCUGACUCCCUGGAAGCUCCUGGACAGAGGGGACAUGGAACACAGCCCAGGAGUCGUCCGGAGGGGCUGACACCCGGAAGGAGCCCACAGCCCCUCCCAGGAGGGUCACCCACCUGCUCAGACUAGUAUGCUCUUAACAGAGAGGGCCGUCAGCCUGUCUCCAAGAGGAGCAGCAGCCCAGGGGCUCCAGCCAGUCCAGGAAGUGCUGCGACCAAGGCCACUUCUGUCCAGACAGAGCCUCUGGAACGCUCCUCCCUGGCCCCUGCCCUUGUCCAUUAUUCUCACGGGUACCAUUUACUUUAUACACAGAUGGACAGAAUCUUUGUGCUGGAGAGUCAACCUGUCUUGCCUCCUCCAUAGAAGGCGAGAGAAUAUGGGACAGUCCGGGGGCUCUGGACCCAACCUGUCCCUGCCUCUGACCAGCCACUCUGGGGCACGUGUCUCUGGGAAGGGCCUGGACAAGAUCUUGCUCCUACUGACUGGUGGGCAGAGGGGCUUUGGGACCAAGUGGGACACCAUAGGAUGCGGUGACAUGUGCCCUGAACCUCCAUGAUUACCUCCAUGGGCAUUUGCAAGGCUCUGCUGGGAUGCAGGCCACCCAGAGAGGCCCCAGGAAGCCGUGCACCCCCAGCUCCCUCAGUACCUUGCCUCGAGGCCUGAGCUCUUCCCCCCGCCUCUGUGGCACUGGACUGGUGACCAGUUACCUGGCAAGCCCCAGUCCUUGCUCCCCAACCCCAUAGCAGCACAAACCUCAGCAUCUCUGCAAUGUGUGUGCAUUGCAGGCGUUUGUAUAUUUGAGGCCUUUAAAAUCUAUUUUCGUUACAAGAACAAAGAAAGAAUGAUCUUAAAAAACAAAGCGGUUCCCAAAGCCA